UCUGCCCCUUCCGCUGAGCGCGUGCAAGGUCACUCUCAGCGCUAAGAUGGCGGCGGGCACAGUUGUCGUGCGCGAAAGCGGGGAGGAUGCCUUCCGUCGGCUCUUUCGUUUCUACCGGCGGUGGGAGGGCUCGGAUCCUACUGGGGUGAUUGAUUUCUCGAAACCAGCGUCGCGACAGGUUGUCAGCUCUCCCCUGAGUUUCUCCUCAGUAAGUGAUCAGGAUGCCCACAAAGCAGGACUACGUCCAGUUAGUCAGUGGAAAGCCUAUGGUCUGGAUAACUAUCCAGGGUUUAUAUUUAUACCAGAUCCCUUCCUUCCGGGUUGCCAGCGUCACUGGAUGAAGCAGUGUCUGAAGAAGUACACCCAGAAGCCUAAUGUGUGCAAUUUGGAUAUGCACAUGUCUUCUAAGGAGACCACUGAUCUUUGGGGGAAGAGUCAGCAUCAGCUGCGAAACAAAAGUUCCAGCAAACGGGAGUCAAAAAGUUUACUGGAAAAGCUGCGCUGGGUGACUUUAGGUUACCAUUAUAACUGGAAUACAAAGAAAUAUUCAGAUGAUCACCACACACCGUUUCCAUCUGACCUGGCUUUCCUCUCGAAGCAAGUGGCUAAAGCUUGUGGCUUUCCAGACUUCCAAGCAGAAGCAGGGAUCCUGAACUACUAUCAUUUUGAUUCAUCUCUGGGAAUUCAUGUGGAUGAGUCUGAGCUGGACUGUUCGCAACCCCUCUUAUCAUUCAGUUUGGGACAGUCAUCCAUAUUUUUGUUAGGGGGAGUGAAACGAGAUGAAGCCCCCGUGGCCAUGUUUAUGCACAGUGGAGACAUGAUGAUCAUGUCUGGCUUCAGCCGCUUGCUGUACCACGCAGUCCCCAGGAUUCUGCCCAACCUGGAGGGGAAGCCUUUGCCUUCUUGUCUGGACCUGCCUCUCCCUGCUGACCUUCCUGAAGACUCUGUUAUUGAGGCUUGCUCUCAAGAGGACUGGCAAGUCUGUGCCAAAUAUCUGCAAACAUCCCGUAUUAACAUGACUGUCAGGCAGGUGCUGGCUGAAGGUCAGAGCUUCCCAACUGAGACCAGGACACAGAGCGAACUGGAUGCUUUUCCCAUAGGUUCUUAACAUGAGGAGCAUAGUGACAUAAAAAAGCAUAAGUCUAAUACUGACAGUGGAGACCUGCAAUCUUCUCUUCCUUCAAUAUAGAUUGUGUAAGUAACACCUCCAGGAGCAGCAACUAAAGCAGCAGCAAACAAAAAUUGUGAUCCUUAGUACUGAAAAUAAGUGGAUGUAACAAACCUUUGAACUUUGUGGACAAAGUGUGUGGCUCAGGUCAAAACACUGAGUGCUCUUUCCACUUGUGUGUUUUUUUUCCUCCAAGGUCACACAAAACUAUGUCAUCCCCAUGCUUUGGUUAACACUGAAUAGAAUAUACAUUCCCUGGCCUGUAGCUGUCUUGUUACUCACUUUGAGGUAUCGGGAGGGAUGCACCAGCCAAAGGAGCAGCUGUUAAGUUACAGAUGUUUGUAAUCCAGCUUAUGGCUAAGAUAAGCAGGUCUGGCUCUGGUUACUGCCUAGGUAGAAUGCCACUAGGGGAUACCAGUGGAAAUGUUACCAAUAUUAAUUCUCAUUUAAACUGAAGUGGCCAUUCGAAGGAAGCACCUUAAUGUACAUCCCUUUCUCACUGGCCUCCCCUGGAUACUGCUAGUCUGCUGUGUCUUCUAGAGACCAGCUAUAUGGCUUGCAAUGUGUUUAUUACCUUUUGACUGAUACCAAGGGUUCAUUUUAUGAGUGGGAUAGGGCUUUUAUUUAAAGCAUCCUCCCUUUUGGGAGCAAAAUAAUUAGGGAUUGUCUAGUGGUUUUUCUAUUCAAGAUGUCCUUUUCUUCCCCUUGACUCUGAAUACUAAAAGCGCCCUGUUCCAUCAGCAUCAGGCCAUUUGGUUGCCUGCAUAAUGCAAUCUUCGCAGCCUGCCUCCUUUAGGAACAGACUGAAGAGAAUGACUUUACAAACAGGAACAAUAAAGUUAUAGAUGAAGCACCCAGAAAGAAAAUUAAUCAGCGACUAUCUCUAUUGCCCAAUAGGUAAAUAUAUUGAAACAAAUAAGGACAACACAGUCUUCUGUGCCCAUCUGUUUUAGGAUUCUGACUUCCCUAUCUGGUUUUUAAUGCAGUUUUAAUUGCCAGAGUGCAGCGCUCUGUCCCAGGGGUGUUUUGUCGCACUUUUCCCAUGAAUAAGCUUACUCUGUUUUAAAUUAAAGAUCCCUAUCUGUC